AGAGAGAGAGAGUAGAUCCUGUAUACUAGGAGUUAGAGUGAGAGAGAAAGAUAGAUAGAUUAGGCCAUGUAUAUUGGGAGUGAGAAAGAGAGAUGAGACCCUGUAUACUGUGAGUUUGAGUGAGAAAACAUCAGAGAUUAGAUCCUGUAUGCUGGGAGUUAGGGAGAGAGAAAGAUAGAUUAGACCCUGUAUAUUGGGAGUCAGGAUGUUUGAGAGAGAGAGACAAUAGAUCCUGUUUACUGAGAAUUAGAAAGAGAGAGAGGACUCUGUUUCCUUGGAAUUGGGUUGAGAGAGAGAGAAGGAAAAAGACCCUGGGUGUUGGAAGUUGCGAUUGGAAAACGAGAGACCAGAUCCUCUACUGGGAAUUGGGAGAAGACAUAAAUGAAACUUUUCCACCUUUAGGAAUAGGUGUGUGAGAGAGGGAAAAAAAUCUCUCCCUGUAUUUGGUAGUGGACAAGUGGAAGCAACAGCAAAUCUUUUCCAAGUGCUGGUUGGAGGCUAUUUAGAAUAAUAGGCAAUAACCCUAGGCAGUUCCAAGCUUUGCCAGCUUGGCUUGGGUUUGGUGAAUUAUAGGUUUGGUGAAGGCAUGCCACCUGCCUGACCAGUUUGAGUCAGAAAGAAAUCUAUGGACCUGUAACCUAAAUGCAACCUUGACAUUUGACAGCACUCUACUUCUCAAAUCUGAAGAGGUUUUUGGAAUCUGGAUUGCAAUGAUGGAUGAAUGUGAAGAUAGUUCCAUGGCCCUUAGUCCUGACUUUUGUCCAAGUUUCCGACUGAGUUCCAAGAAGUUGCUAUCUAUGAUCUGGGACACCAAUUCUUCUAUGCCCUUCUCCCCUGAGCCUAUGACCUCGCCUAAUUGUGCUCUCAACAUGAGUAAUCUUAGCUCCUGUGAUGGUGACACUCCAAGACGUUGCCUGGACAUGUCAAAUCUGAGUAAUGGAGGUGAGACGUCAGCAUCUCCAGAGUUUGUAGGCAGGGGUUUAUGCCUUGACUCGCCUGGUCUAACAGAUGUGCAGUCCAGUGAAUUCAAGCAGCCCGUAGGAAGAACACAAGCACUUCUGCCGAAGGUUCUCUGCAGCAGUCCUAUGUUCGGAGUGUAUGGCUCUCGGAACCUAGUCCAGGACCGCAAGGAUUUUGGAAGUCUGGGACCCAACAAGGAAAAUGAAAGUGACUGGUCUAGGAGGCCCCUUUCCUCAGCUCCCAGGACAACAUCACAAGAUCCAGAAGUCUGUGGCACAACAUCUUCCACAUCCUUUCUGGGAAAUAAGAACAUGACUAUGUCCACCAGCAUGGCGGCUCUUCUUACCAGCAAUCUCAUGAACCAGGGAAUGGACUUAAGCACGGUGCCAGUCCGCAAGAGUAGGCCAGGCUUGUUUCGGUCACCCUCUAUGCCAGAGAAGUUGCACAGACCUUUCCUGAAAAGAUUGGAGCGAUCUCCUGAAGUAGACACUCCAGUGAAGACUAAGCGGCAGAAGAGUUUUGGAGGCUCCUCGAAGGAUGAAGAUCAGGAGAAGCAGGAAAACCAAUUCAUAAGACAUGCCAUGACCGGCAAUAUUGACAAGGCAAACGUUUUGGAUGAGGAGAGGAAUGCCAUGGAGCUGAUAGGGAACUUUUCCAAAGUGUAUGCAUUGCCCACAGUAAUGGGUAAGCACGAGGAUCUGAAGUACAUCAGCUCAGAAACGAUGGCCAAGGUGCUAUGUGGAGAAUAUGAUCACCUUUUAGAAGGAGUCCAUAUUGUUGACUGCCGUUACCCAUAUGAGUUUAAAGGAGGACAUAUCAGGGGUGCCCUGAACCUUCACAAAGCAGAUGAUAUUGUUGACUGUUUCCUAAAGCAGCCCAUUGUACCCAAAUCCAAAGAUAAGAGAUUGAUCAUCAUUUUUCACUGUGAAUUUUCAUCAGAACGAGGACCAAAGAUGUGUCGCUUGUUGCGGGAGGAGGACAGAAGUAUGAACGAGUACCCAAAUCUGUACUAUCCAGAGCUCUACAUACUGAAAGGAGGGUAUAAGGCUUUCUUUCCUCAAUUCAUGAGUUACUGUGACCCACCCAAGUACUGUCCCAUGGAUCAUGAAGACUUCCAGGAGGAGAUGUUGAAGUUGCGGAAAAAGAGUAAAUCUUGGGCAGGAGAACGUCGGAGAUGGGACCUAAUCUCGAGAUUGAAGAAGAUGUGAUUGGAUGUGAGAAAAAGGCAAUGGAACUCUCUCUUGUCAUUUAAUAAACACUGUCUUUUUA